ACUCGGGGCCGGGGGACGCUGCUGACCGCCGCCGUUGUUCACAAGCGCAAGUCGCGUUUAGCGGUUGUGGUUGUUGUGGUUUUUGUUGUUGUUGUUGUUUGUUUAUAUUGUUGAUGUCAAUAUUGUAGUUGGUGGUAGUUCCGGUCGAGGCGUCGGUCGCUGCUGCAGGCGGUGGGGAGUUCUCGCGCGUUCGCGGCUGAGAUGGCGGCGUGAGGAGAUGAUGCGCGCGGAGUUUCGAGCCAAUUCCUACUCCGAGUUGGAUGAAGAUGAGGAGAAGGCGAACGUCGUCAAGGAGAGACGAGGCGAGGAGGAGGUCACCCCCUCACCCAAUGGCAGCGUCGGCGACGACGAAGAGGAAGAUCCACCUGGUGACGAGGUUGUGGAUGUGGGGGGCGAGGGGGACGCCACAGCUGAGGAUGUGGUGGGGGGCAUGCGAAGGUUUCGCAUGCGCGUGAGUAAGCUGUGCCUCAAGAACCUGGUGUCGGUGCUGCUCGUGGUCUUCUACCUGGUGCUGUCGGCAGUCGCCUCCUUCGUGGCGUAUCAGUCCAUCUCCGACUUCCAGCACCAGGCACAGCACCCGGCCAUGUCCGUCUCGUACAAGGCGGUGGAGCGCUACGACGCGCCCGGCAUCGCGCUCUACCUGGGCAGCGCCGAACUGCUGUCGUGCCGCCAUUACUUCCACAGCGGCGUGUCGGUCAUGGAGAGGCCCGGCCAGCCCGGGGACGUGCGGUGCAACAUCCUCACCGUGGCCUACCCCGACCCCUACCACAACACCUCGCAGAAGAGUGCGCUGGUGGUGCGGGGGCCUGAGCGAGUGCAGGAGAAGGAGCAAAUCUUCCUCCACUUCCGUCUCAACGGCAGCACACAGCAGUUCAGCGCCAUCGACUACCUACUUUUCUCCUCCUACGUCAGCCUUGAGCGCAGCACCAACCGCCCGAGCUUCAUGAUGCAGAUGGAGCGAACGCAGUCCAUGUGGACGUUCUCUGGGGGCUUCCGCACGUGGGUCAAGAUGUCGCUCGUGCGCACCAAGACGGACCGGCCCUCCGAGGAGUUCACCCUCGAGUCCAGCGUCGUCAAGUACAACGACGAACGCCCGGAGAGCGAGCGGUCCGACGAGCUCUUCUUCAUCGUCUUCGAGUGGAAGGACGCACUCAUCCAGGAAGUGCAGGGGAUCGUGACGGCAAACCCGUGGAGCGUGGCGGCCGUGCUGUGCGGGGUGCUACUGCUCAUCUUCAAGGUGGCCGACUUUGCGACGAGCAGCGUGCGCUGGAUGAUCCGUGUGCGCAAGCGAAACCGCCGGCACCGCGUGCAGAAAAUGAACAACAUGGCCGCGUGAGGGUCGCGGGACUCAUUCACUAGGGGAGAGACCAAAGUAGUCGCGCAGUUUUCUUUUCUUCCUUUGUUUAGAGAAUUAUGACCGUAGUUAGGUGGAGGAGAUACUCGGACACUGCUCCAGUCCGGUGGCGGUGGUGGUAAUGAAACUGAGCUCUUCUAUGUAAAUAUCGCACUCGCUUUGGGACCACUUGGUGAUAGCCACUCGUCAUCAUCUCUGGAUUGGAAGAGCUCCACGUGCGGCCACAGAGCCCUGUUUGUGGUUGCUCCUCCGUCGAUUCGGAGGACUCGCGGGGGAUGAUCGGAGCGAAUGCCUCUUUUUCCACCAUGCAACCAAGCCACGCCAGUGCCAAGCCAGCCCAGUGUGCGGCUCAAGAGGUGCCAGUGUUGUUUUUCCAUUGCAGAAGGCGAGCCGUGCCACCGACAUAAUACACAAUGAACGCGGGAUGAAACUUGUUAACCUUUGUCCCGAGCCAGAUCCAGAUUUCCUGUCACCAGUUUUCCACAGUUAGAUACUGGGUCGGCUUCAUAGCCAGUGGAAAACUACCUGUACCACAAUGGCCCUGUGCUGGCAUGGCUCUGAUGUGCAAGUGGGAAAAGGAGUUUAAGAUACCAUAACGUUGAUCUUUAACAAACAUAUCCUAUUAAAUUUAACCACUAGGUCAGAGUGGCCAAAUUGGGCUUAAUAAUUAAAAUCUAGAUUUAGCAAAGUGUUUGAUUGUUUGCCCAAGUUCUGCAGCUGCAUGGCAGCGCCACUACCAGGGGAGACGGGUAAACAGGCUGCGGGGGGGGGGGGGGUUCGCAAACGACAGUGGAUGGGGACAGGAACAGGUGACAGCUUGUGGAAGAUGGGAUGUCCUUCAAGCUCUGGCCAGUUAAGUUAAUCCCUUAGAGGCCAUCCAUUUAGUACGUACGCAUGGAGGGGGGAGGGGUGUUUAACCCAAAUGCGUAUACUUGCGUAUGAGGGGUCUACUGACAAUGUACGUACGCAUAGGAAAUUGGGGUGGGGGGGGGGGUGAAGCCUCGAUAAUAAUUUGUCUACAUUGGCCUUCAAAUGAGUUAGAUACACGUUAAUAUUAUUAAUCCUUGAACGUUUCUGCGUGGAUUAAAUAUCGGCCGUUCUAUAGGAUUCGGGGGGGAAGGGGUGCGUCAAGCGUACGUACGCAGGUGGGGGGUAAAAAAUACGCGUGCGUACAGGGAGGGGGGAGGGGUCAAGUUGACAGAUUUUUGCGUACGUACUAAAUGGAUGGCCCCUUAGCUCCUAUUUAAAUCCGUGUCUAUUUGGGGAGAUUGUCACUGGAGUUGUUUUAUGGAACUGUCCAAUGAACCUCAGAGCAGAGGACCAGUAUCUAAAUAUAAAUUAAGUAAUUUCAAUAUUUAUAAUUGGCAUCUAAAUUAUACACUUAAAAGUAAUUGGUAAUUUGCGUAUCUCAGCGAAAUGAUCCAUGGUUCUUACUUGCAUUGAAAUUACAUCACUCCAGUAAUUUGUAACGAGAGUGCAUUUUUACCCAUCUUUGCCUGCCAGGAAAGUGCGUGUGCGUGCGGUUUUCACAAGAGGACACGGUGCAAGCACUGCCAAUCCCCUGCAUUUCACAGAGACGCCAACACAAACAGUGCGAUGCAUUGUUUUUACAUCAAACGUACAAACGACGAUUGUGAUUUUAACACUUAUUCCGACAAGCUGAUUGCAUGAUCGCUCUGCCUGUUGUAGGGCCUGCUCGUGCCUUGCCGUGUAGUUAACGGUGGCCGUUGCACACCGCUCCCCGCUGCGCAGCGAGUCAACGCAGAGGACACACAUACAGGAAUAGGUUUUACGCUUUCUGGCAAUAAAACAGGUGUGAAAAUGUUGAAACACCAAAUAGAAACCUUUUGCAAGGAAUCAAGUCUACAUGAACCACAGGCAGUUGUGGUGAACAUGCAAACAAACAUGCUCCGAUAAUUUCUGCAUUGUCUUUGAAACUGAUUGGCCUACGCCAGACAGCAUUCCUUCAGGCCUCGUUUCACCAUUGGCAGACCAGAGAACGCCGAAAGGCAAACAGUACAAAGACAACGCACUAUCACAGCAUUUAUAACUCGGUGUGAGUAGCUCCAAAAUGGGACCUCUUUUAGCCAGUAUCAAAGUAUGAACAAAUAAAACAUUGAAUUUUUUUUCAUAGUUUUGAUAUUGGCAAGGUCCCAUUUUGACACAGGACCGUGUGCUGGAAACAGUUUAAUUUCAGCAGUGUCCUCCUUGUGCAUGUUGAGAACACUACAUUCUAAGAGACAAAAUAAUAUUUGACAGUUGAUUUAAGAACGAAAUUGCUGGUUAGUAUUAUGCUUGUUCACCCAGGAAAGCCUCGUGGACCCCCAAGACUGAGUAUCCUGCCAAUUUUUUUUGCCGCAGAGGGCAUUGUUGCAAUGUGUUCCCAACGAAGCGAUUUUUUUCACAUUUGGACUUUUGACACCAGUACAUGUGACCUGCUCUUUUUGAUGAACUUCGAGAUAUCUUUGUCCACUGUGACACAGGCAGCACAUUAAUGGUUGAUACAUGUGCAGUAUUAAACAGGGCGUCGGUGGACUCGAACAGCGAACCUCCAACAAGGGGCACACACGCCACCGCUUGACUGCCUGUGAUGUAACCAGCAAUGGGCUCGGUCAGUCGUGUAGGGAGACCAGUAGUUAAUCUGUGACCGGGUGAAAUAUCCAGGCUAUUAAUGGAUGAGAGAGAAAGCGAGGUCUUCUCAAAUUGCUUUAUUGUAUUCACAAUAUUCGGCCUUGCAAGGUCAAUGACUGAAAACACGGGUGAUCGCGAUGCCAUUAUUCGUGCACCAGUAAAAGACGGCAUCCGAUCAUCGUCUUUGGAAUGAAAGUUUCCUCCGCUGAUACUGUAGAGCAUAAAAAUACCUUUUUUAAAAUAAUUUAUUUGUUUUAUUUUACGAAAGGCAUUCAUGUAAGUAGGUAACAAACGUCACUCUCGCACCACACGGGAUUCUUGAGCCGCCCCGACUGCGCCCCUGUGAACCGCUCAUAAUCUACGCACCACCACCACUGGCUCGCGACAUCAAAGCCCUGUCAUCAACACACGAUACCUGAUCAUCCAAAAUCCUACUCGCAAACUCGUGGACCUGCCGCCCCUGUUAAUCUUCACAAGGGCAAACACUUAAAUCGGUUUGAUCCAUGAUCCUUUCGCAUUAAAAAGCAAACAAAACCGUGGCAAAACAGCUCUGUAAUAAACAGUUGGACUGACCUGUGCUGACCAAGGG